GUAGGAUGGGCUUCUUGGAAUAUGUAUACGAAUAUGCUGUUCAUAGGUUGUACUCUUGUCCUAUUCGAAGGACAUCCUUAUUUCCUCAGCCCAACUUUUCUAUGGGAUAUGGUUGAUGAACUGGAAAUUUCUCAUCUUUUGCUCACACCCAGUAUACUCGACGACUUGGAAAAGAAAGGUUACAUACCAACAGAGAAACAUAGUUUAAAUUCUCUUCAAGUCAUUAUGAGUGGUGGAACAGUCGUCAGACCUCAAAACUUUGAUUUCUGUAGAAAAUUAAAAAAGGGUAUACGUAUUUUUGCCAUUUAUGGUUGUACAGAGGUGAUGGGGCCCAGCAUGUGGCAUGACCCUUCUUUACCUAUUUACAAAUGCGAAGUUCCAACUGCAUCUUUAGGUACUGAUAUUCAGUGUUUGGACGAGAAAGGUAAAUCUGUAAUAGGUGAGCCUGGAGAAAUUGUGAUAAUGAAACCUGUACCUUCCUUGGCUUUGGGCUUAUGGGGUGACGAAGAUCGUUCUGUGUUUAAGGAAAAGUAUUUUUCAAAGUUUCCAGGAGUGUUCGCAGUAGGAGACACAGGUAUUAUAAACCCUAUAACGAAGGGCUUCAUUAUCUGCGGAAGAAGGUGAGCCAUGUUAA